CUCAUUAUAAAUGAAUUCUAAUUUCAUAAUUUGCUCAUUCUUGAUGAAAUACAUCUUGUUGUUAAUGAAUUAUUACAGUUUGCUUGAGGCGUGAUCUCUCUCCAAACUUUCCCUGUUUCCUCCAAAGUCACACCUUGAGCGAACGGAAAUUGCGUCAAAAUCUUAAUCGGUCAUUGAAGCUAAACUUUGACUUUCGUGGCGUCCUUAUCCAAAACAUUGAACGAUGAAUGUGGUAAAGGUGUACGUGCUGAUACUUCUUGGAAUUGAUUUGCUACUGUUGAGAACAGAUGGUCAGAGGCUAUGUUCGUGUUAUACCUUCAGCAAAGUCCGACGGAUAUGGCCACCAGCAAGGAACUACUGUAAAAACAACAAUAAAACACUUGCAGUGUUGGAAUCAGAGCAGGAAUGGCAAUUUAUUACAAAUGAGAUUCAAAAUAAAACAGGUACCAUAUAUAGUGAAUGGUUUAUUGGUUUGAAACAAAAUUUAACAACACGGAGAUGGAAUUGGAUCAAUGGUAAACCUUUGACCAUUGACAAAUGGCAUAGGAUUGGUACAAAUCCUGACCCAAAGGACUCUUACGGGGUGAUUCAUGAGGAAUAUCCAUCUGGAUUCAAAGGAUCACUAAGCACCGUUAGGAGCGACCUUUCAAGAGGAUGGAUUUGCGAGGAAGAAACAGCUACCUGUAAAGGAAUUUGUUUCCACCAUCCUGCUCUAACUAGUAGAAGUUUUCGUGGAACAUCACCUGGGACAAAAGCUGUUACCACACAUGGCAAGACGUCAAGUGAACACGAUAUCACUGCUUUAUCACAUCACCUGAAGAGGAAUGGCUCCAGUUAUGCUUUUUAUCAAAGCAAUACAACAGUACGUUACUCUUGGAUUCAAAGUAGACAAAGGUGCAGAGUGGCCGGAUGCGAUCUUGUUUCUAUUGAGACUCACGAUGAAUGGGAAUUUUUAAAAAAAGCCAUUCAAAAGCUGCAAACCACUGAGUACUUUAUCGGUUUGAGGCAACAUAAAUCAUCCAGAAAGUGGCUAUGGGUCAGUGAUAACAGCACCGUGAGCACGUCUCGUGGAAAUUGGCCAUGGGCAGGAGGCGAACCCAGCAAUGACUCGGAACCCGAGAACUGCGCACAAAUGUAAAAAGAUUAUAAUGAACAUUAUGGGCUGUACAAUAAUAUAGGCUGUAAGGCAAAAAUGGGAAUAGCAGGAUACAUAUGCGAAGGGUCAAAUGGAUGUUACUUUGAAAGAGGUAAAAGUACGUCUUCACUCUCAAAGUAAAGUAUUUGGGGAGCAAAUAUUUUAUAUUAAGCCCUUGAAAGUACUUCGACACUUGAGACGUCAUAAAGUUCCUUUCCUCGUAUGGAGACGAAUGAAUAAUUUGCAGAGUCUAAGAGUUUACCGUACUAAGGUCAAUGAUAUGUGCACAACUCUUUAGAAUAUGGAUCUAAGAGAAAAAAUCAAUGGUAUAACUGAACAAAAACAAAAGCAUUAUAAACAAAACAAAGUAAACAAACAAACAACUUAGGUAUUGGAUAACAGCAUGGCCCUAGAACGAGUGAUAUCGAAUUAAACACGAGAAGAGAACUUCCAAGGGCUAGAAGCAACCAUAUCUUACUUGGUUUAUUAUUUUAGGGCCUUUCAUGGCACGAAAAGUUGACUCUAUUCAUGAAUCUAUUCGCGAAAAACAAUUGUAAUAUAUGAUAAGGUGAUAAGGCUUAAGAUGAAAAAAUGCGUUUAAUCGUCACAAAAACAAACAAUAGGCGUAACUUUCAGUUCAUAAAAAUUCUCAGCUAUCAACUCUUUCCUUACUGACUAAAGAAAUCUGCUCAGGUACACGGCCUAAUUAGCGUGUUUCAAAUAUCAAUUUUACUCUCUCAGCCAGGAGAAAUACCAUAGCCAUUCCCAAUAAUUUUAGUAUUUUUUUCGCAUUUAGUUUUCGGGUUUAAUUACUGAAAUCGUUUGGCUUUUCAUCUCCU